AUGCCGGCCGAACCUUGGACGCUGCAGCCAUCCCCCUCUGCAUCCAGUCUAGGCUCUGCAGAUUCCACAGAACGCGGCAAAGGCGCUGGCGCUGGCGUCGGACACAGAAUCACCGGGGGAGGAGGAGGAGUGAGCAACAUCAGCACCAAGCCAAGCACGACGAGUAGAAGUAGUACCGACCAUCGCCUCUCGAGCAGCAAUAGCGAUACCCUUCUCAGUUCCUCUGAGGACGAGUCGACAACUCUUCCUAGGGCGAGGGGUGCCACGGCGGAGGAUGUGAGUCAAUUGGCAGUGGCUAGUAACCCUUUACUUUCUGUUGGCGAUGGUGGUGGCGAGGUUGGGUCUUCGUCGUCUGCGUAUACGAUGACUAGUUCUUCGACGAGGGCGGGUCCGCCUGAUUCUGAGCGGCAGCAUCAACAAUACCACUACUACCAGCGACAGCAGCGACAACAGCAGCAGUACGGGUAUGAGUACUUUGACGCGUCAAGUCGAGGUGCUCAGACCCCUGGAAACUCCGCCACCAAUAAUAACAACUACGCCGAAACCAGAGCUAGCGUGGCGGCAGAGACGAUCAUUCACUUUCCAGACCAGAUCCCGACUCUCCAACUAGUGUCCUUCACUCCGCCUCCAUCUUCCCCCGUCGAGGAACCAUCGUCAUCUUUCACUCCCCCCUUUUCUUAUGCACAUGAUUAUCCUUACGCCCAUCAUCGAAACACAGACACCAUCUCACCUACUUCAUCAUCUGCUUAUCAUCAUCCGUUACCGACAACCGCAACAACUACUGCGCCAUCGCAUAUUGACAACUUGGGCACAGAACACAGUAACAAGUUCCAGGCGAUUCGGAAGCAGUUUAGUCUGGGAGCUAUGGGAGCUGAAGGAACAGGAGGAGUUGUGGGAGACAUGACAGGCAGACAGACUUUGUUGACCAACAACAACGACAACAACAAUAUUUAUUAUAAGGAACCGGUUCGUCAAUGGACAAAAGAUACAACAAAGACUUUGUCCAGCGAAUCGACCGCCGCUCUUCUUAUACGCGAGGACUUCAAGGACGACUCCAGCCACGUACACAACAGAGUCGGAGGAGUGAGGGGUAGAGGAGGUGGGGUAGAAUUGGCGGUGAAUGGACGGAAGCAUUUUAUGGCUUCAGGGACGAUUAUGUUCCAAGAGUCGGAUUAUGCAGAGGCCACACGGCGUGGAUCGACCAUGACCACUUCGUCCGGCAACACGCAGACUACCUACCGAUUGAAUGUCAAUACCCCGCGUACGGAUUACUUCUCCGAGAAGGGUGGCUAUGGCCGUCCUAAUCAUCAUGGCUACGAUACCAACCGCAAGUCGAAUCCUAAACUCAACCGCAGUAUCCUAUCCCCCACCGUCACAAGCCCCACAAGCCCCAACACCCCACGCGACAGCAUCUUUGGCCAAGCAGGCAACACCAACAACAACAACAACAACAACAACAACAACAACAACAAUCCAGCCCCCAGCGGGAAACGGUACAUCGACACUCGAAAGCGCAACAAGCAACAAAAAAAGGAAGAAAAGGCAUCGAUCAAAAAACGGAUGACCCUCUUCUCGAACGAACGGACAUUCAUCCAUUGGAUCAAGUUUGGAAUGCUCCUUGGUGCGUUGGCCAUGACGCUAUUGAAUUUCUCGGGGGAGGAAACUGCGAGGAAGGGAGGAGUUGAUCAAAUGUUGGCGAACAGGGAUAAAGGGUAUGAGAGGUAUUUUGAUCGUGUUGGGCCGACUUUCUUGACGGUUGCUCUCCUUGCUACUUAUACCAUGAACGUCGUUUUGACGAUCCAAGUCUCGUCGCUGAUGGACCACAACUACGAACCAUCGAUCUACCUCAACGACCACAAUCUCGCUCCACACGUCCUCCCACACUUAACCCCAUCUCCUUCAACCCUACCACCAUCUACAGCAAUCGGAUCAAACGAAACAGACCUAGCGCAACCAUUCGCCCCUCCACCUGUACCAGAACCAUCGCCAGCACCACCACAGACACAAUCCCAGCGACCCGUCUUCGACAUCCCCAACCUCCCACCCGGAUCCACUAUCCUCAUCGACAAUGACGAGGACGACAGUAGCGAGUUUGAGUCCUCAGACCAUCCUGGUGAUCUGGAACAUACUACCGUCACGACUGCCUCUGCUAGUACCGAUUCUGGGUCGGAAUCGGAACCGUCGUCGCUGAGUGAGUCUUCUUCGGACAAGGAUUCGGUGCCUUCGAGUUCGAGGACAAAGGGGCCGAAUGUGUCAGACGAGUCGGAUCGACUUACCGCCACGAGAGAUAGCAGUGACGGUGAGGACGAUGAUAAUUAG